GGCUAAGCCAACAACGCAAUGUGAGCGAGUAGUUUUUUUGUUGGUUCUCAUCUCAUUUUCUUUCUCUCUCUGAGUCUCUCUCUCUCUCUCUGCUUUCUCCUUUGAGCUCCGAUGGCGAGCCUGUGGCGCGCUGCGACCGGCUUGACGGAGAAACCCAACGACUACGACGGCGUCGAGUUUUGGUCCAAUCCUGAGCGCACUGGUUGGCUCACAAAGCAGGGCGAGUACAUCAAAACGUGGCGCCGCCGCUGGUUCGUUCUCAAGCAAGGCAAGCUCUUCUGGUUCAAGGAAUCCUCCGUCACACGCGCCUCCAGGCCACGCGGCGUCAUCCCCGUCGCCUCUUGCCUCACCGUCAAGGGCGCCGAAGACGUUCUAAAUAAACCCAACGCCUUCGAACUCUCUACCCGCUCCGACACCAUGUACUUCAUCGCCGAUUCCGAGAAGGAGAAGGAGGAUUGGAUCAACUCCAUCGGUCGCUCUAUCGUUCAGCACUCCAGAUCCGUCACCGAUUCCGAGAUCGUCGAUUACGAUAACAGCGCCAAGCGCUGAUUGAAACUUCACGCGCUCCGAAAUCCACGUCUUCUUCCGGUGAACGAGUUCUCCUUUUUUAUUGUUUUUGUUUUCCUGUGAUUGUGUAUAUUGUUAUUAUAUUAAUCGCCGAUCGCGUUCGUCCUGGUGAAGAACCUCUGUUUAUGUACCUGAAUUGCUAUCAAAUUGUAAGGUUUUGCUUUUGCUUAUUUGUUAGGGUUUUUGCUGUAGAUUUUAUUUAAUUGCUUCGCGAACAUUGAUCCUUUGUUCGAUUAAAUUGCUUUCAAUUUCAACGAUAUUAAGCUGUAAUACAAAAGUUUUCCUCUAAGUGAAAGAUUUUUG